AUGACAGGGGAGGCAUUUACUUCUAAAGAUCCAAAGAAGAUCGAUGGGGCUCCUACUUGUUCUACCAACUACCAAGCUAUUAAUGAAAGUGGGUCACUCCAAUCUCUCACUAAAACAUCACUAGGCAGUGAACAAAAAGAUACUCCACCAAACCCACCAUCUUUGCCGAAUGAAGUUAUUGCAAACAAGACUCCAUCCGCAACUUCAACCACAGUUGAUGUUGAGAUAGAGGACCACCGCAGCAUCCAAGAGUUCCCAACUCUCCCUACGGGUAACAAUGUUCGGGACUCUUCCCCUGUUCCUACGGUUGGGGGAUCUUCUAAUGGGCAACAUCCAAGCAAGCAUAUGAGUGUUCCACAAACUAAACCCACACCUACAAAGCCAUGGAGCCAAGUAUUAAAGCAGAAUGCUAUGGAAAAAUCCAGCUCUUUGCAACAACACCCUUAUGAGGCUAGCUCAGAUAGGCUAGAUAAGGGAAAGACAAUUGCAACUAUGACUGGGUUAGAGCAACAAGAGGCUGGUUAG